AUGGCGGCACACUACUCAAGCUGUGCACCAUUCAUAUCACCAAGCCCAAAGGCCCAGGCUGUCAUAGUAAAAUUAUCAAACGGGCAGAGUAUAGAAUCUCAAUGGCUUAUUUGGUGGCGUGUUUUAGAGCAAUCUGGUUCCGAAAUUCGCAAAAACAAGGAAUAUAAGGAGGAGUGGGAGUUUUGA